AUGGGCUCUACCGACACUCGUCGCGGUGGCGCGGAGCCACCAACGCCGCAGUCGACUCUGCUGGACCACUUCCGCUCUAUACCAUGGUGCGUGCCGCACGUGUCAGACCCGGCGUUUCGGCGGGUGAACAUGUCUCGAACGCUGAUGCAGCCGGGAAACGGACACUCGCUGAUGGCCGAGACGUGGAACACGGACAAGACCAUCACGCACCUGCUGUCGCUGUACCGGCCUCCCGUCCACGACAGUGCAGACACCCACCGGGGGCCGGGAAUCGGGACGGACAGCCAGACUCGCGGCGAAGUACGCCGCUUCUACACGUUCGGGACCGGCAUGAACGCGCACCCGGACACGCUGCACGGCGGCGUCGUGGCGACCGUGCUGGACAGCACUAUGGGCAACAUCAUCGGCCACCAGAUGCCGAGCCGGCUGGCCACCUUCACCGUCGCGCUGAACGUAACGUACAAGAAACCCGUGGGCACGCCGGGGACCAUCAUGGCGAGGUCGUGGAUCACCAGGGCCGAGGGCCGCAAGAUCUGGGUCCACGGCGUCAUCGAGGACGGACAAGGGAAUGUCCACGCAGAGGCUGACGGGAUGUGGCUGAGGGCGAAGCCGAAGUUGUAG